UUUAAGAAUGGCUAGCGAUUUGUCGAGUGAGGGUACUGAAACAAUAGGAGUGUUGGAUGAGAAGGAAGAAGGUGAAAUAUCCUUGGAGGAUGUAAGUUCUUCCGAGGAGGGACACUUAAAUUACGGAUAUGGUACUAGGGUUUCUCAAUGUACAAACUGUUUGUCAUCUCAACAUAAUGCAUCAUGGUGCACUGCUCCUGCCAAGAUUUAUCCCUCCAGGAGCUGUAAUAGAAGAGAAGUUGACCUUAUUCUACAAGAUGCAGUCCAGGGGAAAGAAAACCGUCAUCAAAUCAAAGAAUCAGGAUGUAUCGGUACAAAACAUAUAGCCUCUACUCUUCAAGAAAAAAAUGACGAUCUUGUGCCUAUUUCAAGUGACAGCGAUAUGGAAAUUGUUGGUCUUGCAGAUAAUUCUAAACAAAUUAUAAUACAUUCCACUUCAAAGAGUCGAGUGAAAAAGAAAAGAAAAAAGAAGAGAAAUCAUACACCUGUAAUGUCAAUAGAGGAUGUAGUUUCUUCAUCUACUAUGGAUAUAGUUAUGACAGAGUGUGUUAAUACAUUAAAACAUGAUGUGACAAAAAAUACUUGUAGACCACAUCACAGAGAGAUCAGUCCUGUUCAUGGAAGCAAUAGAUCAAGAGUAAUUCCAAGAACACCUCCCAGAAGGCAUAGAUCUCUUAUAAGACCACGUUCUCCUUUCAAAAGAUCAAAAUCCCCACUUAUCCAUACUAGAUCACCAACAAUAAGAAGAUCUCCUAGAAGACUUAAAUCUCCUAAGCGGUCACCAUAUAGAUCCUCAACAAAAGCAAUGCCUAGAAAGACAUCACAUCCUGAAUUGUCAUCUCAUAAUUAUGGUAAUAUGCAUAAAUUACUAAAAAAAGUCAGACAAUUGGAUUCAAUGGGAACUCAUUCAUUAGAAGAAACUUUAAGUAAAAAUAAAGAACAUGCAUCUUCGUUAAAAGAGAAGUUAACAAAUAUGAUGAAGGGAGUUUCUGACAAUAAUAGUGACAUCAUAAAUUCUUCAAAAGAGAAAUCUACUGCACAUGUCAAUAACAAUGUAUCUAAUGAUGCAGACGAAGAAGAAGACUUAGCACUACUAAGACAAAAGGCCCUUGAAACAAAACAAAAUAAAUCCAACAAACAAAAUGAUCAACCAAAGACUGAAACUGCAAGGAAGGUAAAUGUAAAUAUAAACGAUGAUCAAGAUGAAGAAGAUCUGAAACUAAGAAUGAUUGCACUUCGUUCUGCAGUGUUAAAAAAACAUCAGAAUAGAGUUCAGAAAGGCAUAAAAUCAGGAAAGAACAAAAAAUCGAAUGCUUCCCGCAGUGAAAGUCCGUUCACACAAAGCUUUUUAGAUAGUAUUCCCAUACCUGGAGAAGAACUAUUAAAUUUUGCAUCACCACCUCAUACUCCACUUCCUAUAAAUGAAAAUAAUCAUACAGAAGAUAUGGAAAUAGAUACAGAUGUUGAAAGAGAAAAAGAAAAAUUGCCAUAUUCUCCAACAGACAAAAUUACUGCCAAUAUAUCUAUGGAUACAGAGUUGUUAGGUAUUCAACCAUCUGACGUAUCAUUUAUCAGGCUUAAUGAAGCAAAUAACAGUCCAAAUUUUAAUGCAUCUAUAAUGUCUAGUCAAGAUGAUCAAAAAUCUUAUCAGGGGAAAAUCAUUGAAAAUCGAAGUUACUUACCAAACAUUGUAUAUUAUGCAACAUCUCAGAAUCCAUUAUGUCCUACAAAUGCAAAUAUGCAAUAUUUAUCAACCAAUCCAGAAGAGACUUCUAAACCAGAUUUUAUGAAAAUACAUAAUUCUCAUGCAGAUGUGUAUCAAAAUACAUGCAAUAUUGACAAAAAUAAUACUACUCCUGAAUUUGUAGAUAUUAAUUCAAGUCAAGAAAUGCCUUAUUCUCCAACUGAUACCCCUGUAUAUGAUCCUGACUUAUCACAUGUGCUUCCACAAACUCUUGGUCCACUUACUACCUCAAAUUCUUCCUUAGUUUCUUUGGAAUCAUAUGCUUCUAAUGCAUAUGGAAAUAGCGAACAAUAUAGUCAGGUGUCAAUAACUCAAAAUGCAGAAACCACAAAACAAGCCAAUAAUAUAAAUGAAGAUGAACAGCUAAACAAAGCGGAAACACUUUCACUGGAUCCAGUUAUUGGAUCUGCUACAACCUCUCUUACAGAAUCUGUAUCACCAAGUAGUUCAAUGAUAACUAUUGAUGAUCUUCCUGAAACUGAUGCAGAUGCAAAUCCACUAACUGAUCCUCUUAGAAACAUAAAAUCUAUAGAAAACAUUCCAAAUGAUUCUUCAAAUAAUAUUAAAGAAACAACAUCAGAACCACUUUAUAUGAAGGGAAUACCAGAUGUUACCAAAGAUAUAAAUAAAAUACCGACAUUAAUCAACAGAACACUUGUACCAGCACCAAUUUUGAAAACAAAUAAACAGUUACAACUACCUUUACCUGCAAGAAAAGUUGCAGUACAACAAGAACCAACAUUUAAAAGUGCAAAAAUGCAAUCAGUUGACAUUAAUGAAGAAUCUAGUACAAAGAUGAAUGCUUCCUUCAAACCAAUAAAGUUACAGUCCAUCCCACAAAAGUCUCAUUCGGUUUUAGACUGCACUGCAUUUCAGGAAUUUUUACAUGAAGAUACAACUGAUGAAGUAUCUGCAAAUAAAACUGAUACUUUGGUAGCAGAUAGUAAUGAUAGUUCAACUCUGGUACAAAAUAAUACAAGUCCAAAAAGUUCUGAUAAAAUUUGUGAUAUUAAAAGUCCAACACAAAAAAAGAAGAAACUUCUAAAAAAAGGAUUAAAAAGGAAAAAUACUGAAAAAGUACCAUUGCUUGCAAAAAGGCAUGAAUCAUCAUGUACAAAUAGUGACAAUAUAAAUAUUGUAGAUAAAGAAGAUGAUAAAGAUAAAACAGAUGAUAAAGAAAAUAUGGAAGAAGUUCAGAAACAAAUGGAUAUGGAAGAGAGUAUCAAUACAUCUAACUUGGAAGCUUCAAAAAUUAUUGAUGAUGAAAACAAUAAAAUUUCCUCAGAAACAAAUGAAGAUGUACAAACUGAUGAUACUUCGGUUAAUGAUUCAUUAGAACAAGCAAAAAGUACAGAAGAUAGAAGGCAAAGUCUUGAUGAAGAUGAAGAAGCACUAAGAGCAAUUUUAUUAGCUUCUUUACCAAAACGAACAAAAACCACUAACAAUAUUCCCAGUUCAACAAUAACUACAACAGUAUCUACUGUAUCAAAUCAAGUGCUUGCAAAUGAAACUGUAUCAACAAAUGUGUCUUCUACACUGGUCGGUGGAAGCGAUACAACUAAUACAACAAAUGCUGAUGUUGCAACAUCUUUAUCAAGUCCACCCAUAACUUCAUAUGGUUCUGAAAAUGGUAAACAUCAAUCAAAUGCUGAAGAAAAAGUAAAACCUGUUGCACAAGGAGAUUUAUCUGUUGGAAGUGUUAAAACUUUGAAUUCAGUAACUUCUGGGAGGAAGAGAUCAGUUCCUAUUAUGAAAGGUCCACAGAAGAAACUUGUGAAAAGAAUUUCAAUUCCUGCAAGUACAAAGGUUGUAAAUAACGCGAAAAAGUACCAAAAUGCAAUGAUUCAAAAGAAAUUAAAUUUACAAAAGGCUACACUUUAUAACAAACAAAAAAUAGCAGAAAGUAAAAUUAUAUGUAAAGUACAGUCUAACGACAGUAAGUGGUCUGCUAAUGCAAAAACAUUGUCUGAUAUACAAAGAAUUGUCAUAAAUUUAGAAUCUGACACGGAAAGUGACUCUGAAUCGGAACGACAAAAAAAUACAGCUGUUCCGUCGUCUAAUUCUGUCACGGCAGAAAAACCUCAAGCAACGGUAAAUUCCACAGCUGAGUUUGAAAAAAAUUUAGAUCAAUUUUUACGUGCUGUACGAAAAAAACAAGAAUCUAUGGCAGCUGCAAGACCAACAUCAAUCUUACAAACAGCUAAAAAGGAUACGGUAUUAGCAACAAAACAAGACAAAUCAAAUUCGUCUAAUGUUCAUACACCAUUGGCCGUUCGUCAUUUACCCGCAUCACAGCAAGAGGAAUAUCGUCGAUUGAAGCAACAAAUUUUAGAACGCGAGAAACUGAAACUGCACAGAACUAUAGAGAAUAACAAUUUAACGAAAAAUAAAAGCGUAGAAGUACCUACAAAGCCUGCAUUCCCCAGCAGCCCAAAUAAAGAAUCACAUGCAAAGCUAAAUCAAACAAUAUUAACAAAAAGUCCAAGUGCACAACAAUUGAACAAGGAAAAUUGUUCUAAAAAUGUAGUGGAUUCGGUAAAAAAUACGUUUGUAUCGUCGACCAACGUUCAACUGUGUACCAAUAAAAUAAAUAAUGUUGAUAAGCAAGGAAAUACAAGUCCGAAUCAAACAAAAAUAAUAUCAAGGCCUACAAUAAAUUCUAAUAUUCUUGUACCCACUGAAACCAAUCCAAGCAACAUUGAAAGCGAAGCAAUUGGAAACUCUGUACAAUCAACAAAUACAUCGCUGAAAAUUUUCGAAACGUCUACCCCUAAAGCUCAUACGAAAAUUUUACCCGGUUUAAAAAUUUUGUCCACGAAUGAAGUAAACGAGAAGUAUAUGCAAGUACAAGUAACAAACGACAGAAACGAACGGGUGGUAACAAUAAAUGAUAAAGUGACCUUAAGCAAUAAAACAGUAAUUAAUCGAGAUGAAAGUGUUUCUGGUAGUAAAAAUGGUAAUAAUAAAGGUACGUGCGAUUAUGACAUAAAUCAACUUAUACAAACCGCAGAGAAAGACGUGAUUACCAAUGAUACUCCAUCCGGUGAUAACAAUGUGAUAGACUCAGAUGCAUCCACUACUAUUUUAUCAAGAGAAAAUCAAAGUACUGGAAGGAAAGAAAGUAUUGAUACAUCCGAAUCCACAAUUCGACUUUCACAAUAUGAAGAAGAUAAACGUACAUCGUUGAAUUCGAACGCAGAAAAUAGAGAAGACGUUCAUUUUCUAUUGUUCAAAAAUAAUACAUCGCCAAAGGGUACAAGAAGUAUAGAAGAAAAUUGGGAAGCACUUAAAAAGUAUGUGAAAACAGAGCUAAAUACUCUUAUUGAUCUUUCACGAGCGGAACAAGAACAACGUUUAAUGGAUACGGAACAGAAAUUAGUUCUGAAACGCUAUACAAUCUUGGAUGAUUUGGCGGAAAUGUCCGGUAAUCUUCGCCAGUGGCACAUGGAACGGGACUUACAAACAAAUUUGGCCGCUGAAGUUAAAAAACUCCGAGAGCAGCUCAAAGUUGCUGAGGAGAGGUUGCAAGUGCAACGUAACCGUAUUAAUAGUAUAGGUCCAAAAGUAGUAGCGGCGCAUGGGAAGAUCAACGCAGGCCGGCAGGAAUGUUUUAAACUUGCAACUAUUUGUUCAACCUUGGGAAGUAGUAUUGUAGGAACAGAAUACAAGGUACCUGAAGCUGGAGCACAACUUUUAGAUUGUAGAUUGAAAGAAGUAGCCAAUCAUACGCGGCAACUGUCACGAAAAAAAGUACCAUCUAUCGAUAUUUCCGAAACAUAUGAAUCAAGACUGGGAGAAGAAACUGUUUCUACUACGUUUACAGAGGUUUCGGAAACUACAGAUUUAUUAGAAGAGUGUAAUGUAGAUAAUCUUGAUACAACGAUUUUAAACAAGAACGAAUUUCUAAUAAAAUCAAAUGAAACUGAAAAAACUGUACAAAUAGAAGUAACUACGGUAAAUGUAAAUGAAGCAAGUAAGGACGAAAGUAUGGUACUAAAUAAUUCAGCUCCAAGCAAUAAUGAAAGGAGUAUAUCGGAAGAAAAUAACACAGAACAAGAAGUAUCUGCUAAAGAAACAAAUUUAAGUGAUACUCCUGUUGUUAUUACUGGUAACCUUAAUUCUGAAAAUGCUCAAGACUUGAAUAAUAAAGAGGUAACAGAUAGUAAUGUAGUAGUAAGGCCUGCAACUUUAGAACCUGGCAGCGAGAAAAGGAAUUGUACGAAACCCGAAGGAGAGUUUCAGGCGAAGAAGACGCUUUUACCUUAUGAAUCAAUACUAACGUACUUUAAAGUACCAAGGAACACGAAUCCCAAUGGCGUCCUUUGCCCAUACGAGCUAAUGGGAACCUGCAGUGAUGGAGAUUGUCAAUUUGUUCAUCAAACAGAGAAUCAAGCCAAGUAG